UGCCCUUCAGGUAAUUCCAUACUAUCUCAGGGAUCACUUCUUUGCCGACUUAUAUUGACCACAUUCGACCUCGGGGGAAUUUGUAGUGGGAUGGCCACAUGUUUCAGAUGGAGAGAAUAUUACAAAGUGAUCGAAGGGGACCGUCGAGAUGUUGAACACUACACUCCGCAUGAGCUUGCGCUCAGAAUCACUAAGCUGCCCUUCAAUGUCCGAUUAAACAGGCAAGUUCCACCUUUGUUGACUGAAGUGGACAGCCAAAUCCAUUUAAAACUGAGAGUUGUCAUCUCUGAGGAUGAGUUCACGUAUAAGACAGAUAUUUGGGAGCUUCUCAAAUGGGCAGCAACUCAAUACAUUGUCACAUUUAUUGUACUAAAUCAUUUGAUCAAUAGUUUUCUGAGCUGUUUAUUUGGAAAUCGUUUGAUAGAAGUUGUUCCAUGUUGCAAACGACUGUAA